UGCAUUCAAAUAUUCUUGAUUGAAGAAGAUAGUGUUUUUGGUUUGAACGUAGCAAUGGUUAGAAUUUUAGUUUUGAUUUCUGUUAUUCUAUUUAGUGUAUACCAAUCUGAACAAGUUCAUUUCUUGUCCGACAACUAUAUCGAAAAACUUAACGGGAAAAUAUCAACAUGGAAGGCUGGUAAAAAUUUCCCUGCUGAUACAUCAAUUCUUCAUCUAAAAAAAUUGUUAGGUUCUAAAAGGAGAGAAAAAAAUGAUCCAGAUGAUGAUCCUAUUAAAACAGAAGACCCUGCCUAUGAAAAUAUUACAAGUAUUCCUGAAACAUUUGAUGCCAGAGAACAGUGGAAGCAUUGUGAAACUAUCGGUCAUGUUCCUGAUCAAGGUCAGUGCGGCACUUGUUGGGCUGUGAGUACUACAAGUGCAUUCGCCGACCGUAUGUGUAUCGCUACUGAAGGAAAAUAUAAUCAUAUGUUAUCGGCUGAAGAAUUAGGUUUUUGUUGUAAAGAAUGUGGUUACGGUUGUGAGGGUGGAUAUCCUAUUAGGGCUUGGGAAUACUUUAGUACUCAUGGAGUUGUUACUGGUGGUGAUUAUGAUUCCAAAGAGGGAUGUGAACCAUAUAAAGUUGAACCAUGCCAAACAGACGAAAAAGGUUACAAUCCUUGUCAAAACAGGCCUCUCGAACAGAAUCACAAAUGUAUCAAACAAUGUUAUGGUAACACCACCCUUGAUUACGAAAAAGAUCACGUUUAUACUAAAAACUUUUACUAUCUCUCUCCUGAAAUUAUUCAAAAGGACAUAAUGGUUUAUGGACCCAUCGAAGCUACAUUUAAUGUUUUUGAAGAUUUCUUUAAUUACAAAUCAGGAGUUUAUGUUCGAUCUUCAUCGUCAUUGAUGGGAGGACAUGCUGUGAAAUUAAUCGGAUGGGGAGUUGAAAAGGGUGUUCCAUACUGGUUGAUGAUGAACUCAUGGAACACAUCAUGGGGUGACAAAGGUUUAUUUAAAAUCAAAAGAGGUUCUAACGAAUGUGGAAUUGAAGAAUCGAACACUGCUGGAGUACCUCGUGUUUAAUAAAAGUAGAAAAGAAAUAGUGAUAGAUUACUGAAACAAUACCAAAAAUCGAAUGAUAUUUCACUUGAAUUCGAUGUUAAAAAUAUAAAAAUUAAAAUACUUAAUUUCUCAGA